AUGGGGCAGAGAUACAAAUGGGUAACAGGGGACUCGGCGCAUACCUUAAAACUUUGGGGAGACCAGUCUGAAGGCCAGGAUCAGAUGUGUCUCUUUGGUCGAACUAGAAUCCUGAACCCGGAGGGUUUGAACUCUUUUGAGCAAAUCGGUCUCUGCACAGCGUCGGGUGUAACGUGGUUGGGCUGUGAUGCAGCCAGACCGGGGAGUGGUGGUGGUAGUGAGAUGCGCCCCUCGACGAGAUUUGAUGCGUUGUUCGUGCUGAUGUGCGACCGGGAGCGAUUGAAGAUGAUGCGCAGACUACUUUCAGGCACAGGCGCCCUUUUUGGCUACUUCAAUGAAGCUGCAAGUAAAUCUGGGGAGACGGUGCCACUCCGGACUAGUGGAUGUCGAAUGAGGAUUGAAUGCGAAGAAUCCAGAGAAUUAGUAGACGUCACAGCGCAGUUGUGA